CUGCAUUUCAGCCACUUAGUCGCCCGGAUCUCGGCAGCAGAACCAUGGUUCUCCUCUGCACAUUUAGUCUGCCUCUGCUGCUCACCUGCCUGGCAGGAACACUUGCCAGUGAGAGAGAGCAGGGCAGGACAUCGGAGGAAACCACACCAUAUGGGCCGUCCUUUGUGGAGAUCAGUGGGGUGAACACAGUGACGGUGGAAGUUCCCUAUGGCUUCCAGUGUUCAGCCAAUUGCUUCCCAACCUGCACCUUCACCUGGACCAGAGGAGGACUCACCACCCAGGGCCCAGAGCUCAACCUCCAGCUGAAGGAGCAGGUUCCUCCACAGGUCCUGAUCUGUAUGGCUAUAAACCCCACCACUGGGAAGUCAGUGACGGUCAGAAAAACAGUCAACGUGACGUGUAGGCUACUUAUAAUCAGUUUUCAUCAAUCUAAACCAAUAUUUAGAAAUCAUACCAUGCCAACAGAUGUUAUGCUUUUGUGUCUCUGUACUGCACAUCCAAAGUUUGUGGAGCUCUGUUCUACACUCUCCAACCUAAUUCACCCAAGAACAAUUAUCUAUUUUCUACCUGGACCGUCCAAUAUAAAGAUCACAGGUCCUGAUACACUGUCCAGUGGAGUGACGUCCAACUUUUCCUGCUCUGCUGAUUGCUACCCGUCCUGCUUCUACACCUGGACAAUUAGUUUUGAAGCACAAAGCACAGUGACCACCAAAUAUGGUCAAACCAUCUGUCACACCUGA